AUGAUUUUUAAAUCUUUUCUACUAGGUAAUCUAGUAUCCUUAUGCAUGAAGAUAAUCAAUUCGGUCGUUGUGGUCGGACUCUAUUAUGGAUUUCUGACCACAUUCUCCAUAGGGCCCUCUUAUCUCUUCCUUCUCCGAGCUCAGGUUAUGGAAGGGGGAGAAGAAGGAACCCAGAAGAAGGUAUCAGCAGCAACUGGUUUUAUUACGGGACAGCUCAUGAUGUUCAUAUCGAUCUAUUAUGCGCCUCUGCAUCUAGCAUUGGGUAGACCUCAUACAAUAACCGUCCUAGCUCUACCCUAUCUUUUGUUUCAUUUCUUCUGGAACAAUCACAAACACUUUUUUGAUUAUGGAUCUACUACUAUAAAUUCAAUGCGUAAUCUCAGCAUUCAAUGUGUAUUCCUGAAUAAUCUCAUUUUUCAAUUAUUCAACCAUUUCAUUUUACCAAGUUCAAUGUUAGCCAGAUUAGUCAACAUUUAUAUGUUUCGAUCCAACAACAAGAUGUUAUUUGUAACAAGUAGUUUUGUUGGUUGCUUAAUUGGUCCCAUUUUAUUCAUGAAAUGGGUUGGAUUGGUAUUGGUCUGGAUACGGCAAAAUCAUUCUAUUAGAUCAAAUUUACUUAUUCGAUCUAAUAAGUACCUUGUGUCAGAAUUAAGAAAUUCUAUGGCUCGGAUCUUUAGUAUUUUCUUAUUUAUUACCUGUGUCUACUAUUUAGACAGAAUACCCUCACCCAUUCUUACUAAGAAACUGAAAGAAACCCCCAAAACGGAAGAAAGAGAUGUAGAAACAACUUACGAAACGAGGGGGAUUAAACAGGAACAAGAGGGAUCCACCGAAGAAGAUACUUCUCCUUCCCUUUUUUCGGAAGAAAAGGAGGAUCCGGACAAAAUCGAUGAAACGGAAGAGAUCCGAGUGAAUGGAAAGGAAAAAACAAAGGAUGAAUUUCACUUUCAAGAGACAUGCUAUAAAAAUAGCCCCAUUUUUGAAGCUUCUUAUUUGGAUAGGAAUCAAGAAAGUUGGAAGUUCAAAAUACUUGAAAAAAAAAAAAGAUUCUGGUUUGAAAAAACCCUUUUAACUCUUCUUUUCGAUUAUAACCGAUGGAAUCGGCCAUUUCGAUACAUAAAAAAUAACCGAUGUGAAAAUGCUCCACGAAAUAAAAUGUCACAAUAUUUUUUUUAUACAUGUCAAAAUGAUGGCAAAGAAAAAAUAUUAUUUACAUAUCCACCAAGUUUAUCGACUUUUUUUGAAAUGAUAGAAAAAAGGAUGUCCCUGUCGAUAAAAAAAAAAUUAGACCUUGCUGAACUGUACAAGGUUAGGUCAAUUUAUAGCAACAAAGAAAAAAUUAAGAAUAUUUAUGAGGACUUCAAAAAAAAAAUGGAUAGUUUAGAUAAAGGAUCCAUUUUUUUAACUAUACUCGAAAAGAAGAUUCAAAUAUGUAAUGAUGAGACUAAAAAAGAAUAUUUUUUUAGAAUAUAUGAUCCUUUAUUGAAUGGGUCACACCGUGGAGCAAUAAAAAAAAAGUUUUUACUUUUAAUUAGAAAUCAGACUUUAUUAAAAAGUUUAACAGAGAGCUUUUGUAUAAAUAAAAUUCAUACUCUUUUUUUUAUUAAUACUAAUUACCAAUACCAAGAUUUUGAAGAAAAAUUGGAUAUACUUGAAAAAACCUCAUUCUCGCCAAAAAUAAAAAUUUUUUUCAGUUUAAUGAGUGAACUUGAUAGGGAAUUAAAAUUGAGUUUAAAGUUGAAAAAAUCCUCUUUAUUUUCCCAACAAAAAAAAAGAAAAAUAGAGUCAAAAUAUGAAAAAAAAAUUUUGAAAUUUCUUUUCAAUGCGAUUCGAAGUAAUGCUAAUGUUGAAAAAAAAAAAUUGAUUGAAAUUAAAGAAAUAAAAAAAAAAAUCCCUAGAUGGUCAUACAAAUUAAUCAAGGAAUUAGACCAACAAGAAACAAAAAGUGCUGAAGAAGUGCAAGUAGGACAUCAAAUUCGUUCAAGAAAAUUCAAACGUGUAGUAAUUUUUACCGAUAACGAAAGUAAUAUUGAUAUUAAUAACAAGGAAACUCAGAAUUCCCCUAAACCAAAUCAAAUAUCUUUGAUACGUUAUUCACAACAAUCUGAUUUUCGACGAAAUAUAAUAAAAGGUUCUAUUCGCGCCCAAAGGAAGAAAAUAAUUAUUGGAAAACUGUUUCAAGCAAAUGUGCAUUCCCCACUCUUUUUGGACAGGAUAAAAGAGGACCCUCCCCUUUUUUUUGAUCUAUCCGAACUAAUGAAACUUUUUUUAAAAAAUUCUAUUUUGGAAAGAGUAAGAAAAGAAGCAGAAUGUAAAAUUUCCGAGUAUACAGAAGAACAGAGAAAAAAGGAGAAGAGCAAAAAAAACGAAAAAGAACGAAUAGAAAUAGCAGAAAUAUGGGAUAGCAUUCCACUUGCUCAAGUAAUAAGAGGUUUCAUGUUAAUAACUCAAUCAACGCUUAGAAAAUAUAUUAGAUUACCUUCAUUGAUAAUAGCCAAAAAUAUAGGACGUAUACUAUUAUUGCAAGCUCCCGAAUGGUCUGAGGAUUUUAAGGAAUGGAAUAAUGAAAUGUAUGUUAAAUGUACCUAUAAUGGUAUUCAAUUAUCCGAAACGGAAUUUCCUAAAAAUUGGUUACUAGACGGGAUUCAGAUAAAGAUCCUAUUUCCUUUCUGUCUGAAACCUUGGCAUAGAUCUAAGCCAAGGAUCUUUCAUAUAGAUCGAAUGAAAAAAAAGGAUAAAAAAUCUGAUUUUUGUUUUUUAACAGUUUGGGGAAUGGAGACUGAACUUCCUUUUGGGUUUCCCGGAAAAAGGAAUUCUUUUUUUGAACCAAUUAUUAAGGAAUUAAAAAAAAAAAAAGGAAAAGUAAAAAAAAAAUACGAUCUAGUUCUAAUAAUUUUAAAAAAAAGAACAAAAUCCUUUCUAAAUCUCUUAAAAAAAAAAAAAAAAUGGCUUAUAAAAGUUAUUCUAUUUUUAAAAAAAAUAAAAAAAGAACUCUCAAAACUAAAUCCAAUUCUAUUAUUUCGAUUAAAAAAAGUCUCUAAAUUAAGUGACACUAAAAAAGAAAAAGAUUUAAAAAAAAACCACAAUUCUAAAAUUAAUGAAUCAUUUAGUCAAAUUGAAUCUACAAAUUGGACAAAUUAUUUACUGAGAGAAAAAAAAAAGAAAGAUAUAAUUGCUAGAACAAGCAUAAUCAGAAAUAAAAUAGAAAGACUAAAACAAGAGAAAAAAAAAAGAAUUCCGGAAAUAAACAUUAGCCAUAAUAAAACAAGUUUGAAUGUUAAAAGAUUCAAAUUACAAAAAAAAAGAUUAAAAAGAAGAAAUACUCGAGUCGUUCGUAAAUUCUAUUAUUUAAAAAAAAAAAUUACUAAAAAAAUCUACAUGGAUUUCUUUUUAUCUAUCAUUACUAUUCGUAGAAUAAAUAUCGAACUUUUUAGUGAAAAAAAAAAAAUGGAAAAAUACAUUUUCAAUAAUCAAAGUAAUGAAACAAGAUUUGAGAAAUCAAAUAAAAUUCAAUUUAUUUCCAGUAGAAAAAAGUCGCUUCAGAAUAUUCUUAAUAAGAAUUCAGAUAAUUUUGAUGAUUUAGCCUCCUUGUCGCAAGCAUAUGUCUUUUACAAAUUAUCACAAACCCCCGCUCUUAACUUGUACUUCUAUAAGUUAAGACCUAUUCUUGAAUAUCAUGGAACUUUUUCGUUUCUUAAAACUUCACUAAAGAAUUAUUUUGAACCACAAAAACUAUUUUAUUCUAAAUUAAAACAAAAGAAACCUAUAAAUUCUGAAAUAAAUCAAUGGCGAAGCUGGUUACGAAGUCAUUAUCAAUACAAUUUUUCUCCGAUUACCUGGUCUAGAUUAAUAGCACAAAACUGCCGAAAUAGAAUCAAUAAACGUGAUCCAAUUGAACAACAAAAUUUAAACAAACAGGAUUUUUAUGAAAAAAAUCAUUUAAUUUAUUACAAAAAAAAAAAUUAUUACAAAGUUUAUUCAUUACCAAAUGAAAAAGAAAAUUUUCUUAAAUAUAAAAGAUAUAAUCUUUUAUGCUAUAGAUUUAUUAAUUAUGAACAAAAAAGGGAGCCGUCUAUUUAUGGCUCAACAUUUCAAAAAACAAAGAGUUCUAAUAAUUACAACACAAAUAAAAACAAUAUUUUUGAAAUAUUUAAAUUAGGGGAUAGCCCUAUUAAGAAUUUUUUAAUAAAAAAUGAUAUUAGGAAUAUGGAAAAAAACCCGGAUAGAAAAUAUUUUGAUUGUAAAAUUUACAAUUUUUGUCUUAGAAAGACAAUCAAUAUUUUAACUUGGAUCAAGAUUGAUAUCAAAAGUAAUCAAAAUACUCAAACCGGGCCUAAAAAUAAUCAAAUAAUUAAAAAAUUUGAUAAAAAAAACUGUUUUUUUCUUAUGAUUGAUCCAAAAAUAAAUUCACCAAAUAAAAAAAAAAAAAUUUAUGAUUGGAUGGGAAUGAAUAAAAAAAUACUAAGAGAUUCCAUAUUGGAUUUCAAACUUUGGUUUUUCCCAGAAUUUAUACUACUUUAUAAUACAUAUAAAAUGAAACCAUGGGGUAUACCAAGAAAAUUGCUGUUUUUCAAUUUAAAUCUAAAUGAAAGAUAUAAUAAAAAUAAAAACACUAAUAGAAAGCAAAAAAAGGCUAUAUUGUCGAAUAAAAAAAUUGAUUUUGAAUUAACAAAUCAAAAAAAGAAAGAAAAAAAAUCUGCAGACCGAAGAGAUCUUAGAUCAAAUAAAAACAAUAAAGGAAACCUUAAAGAUAUUGAAGAAAAUAAUUUGGAAUCCAAUAUAAAAGAAUAUAAGAAUAAAAAAAAAUACAAAAACAAUACAGAAGCAGAAAUAGAUUUGUUCCUGAAAAGGUAUUUACUUUUUCAAUUAAGGUGGAAUUUUAGUUUGAACCAAAGAACGAUUGAAAAUAUCAAGGUAUAUUGUCUCUUGCUUAGACUAGGAAAUCCAAGACAAAUAACUCUAUCCUCUAUUCAAAGGAAAGAACUGAAUCUGGAUACAAUGCUGAUUGAGAAGAAUUUAACUCUUAGAAAAUUAAUCAAAAAAGAGCUAUUUAUUAUUGAACCCCUUCGACUAUCUGUAAAAAAUAAUGGUCAGGUUAUUAUGUAUCAAACCAUAGCUAUUUUAUUCGUUCAAAAAAGGAGGUAUCAAGGAUACCGAGAACAAAAAUAUGUUAAUAAGGGAAAUUUUGAUAAAUCUCUUUUUAUUUUAAAACAUUAUCAAAGGAUAACUACAAAUAAAGACAAAAAGAAUUAUUAUUUGCCUGUUCCUGAAAAUAUUUUAUCGUAUAGACGCCGUAGAGAGUUGAGAAUUCUAAUUUGUUUCAAUUCAAAGACUAAGAAUGUUGUAAAUAGAAAUCCUAUAUUUAGCAACGGGAACAGAGUAAAAAACUGGAAUAAAUUUUUGAAUGAAAAUAAAGAUUUUAAUAGAGAUAAAAAUCAAUUGAUUAAAUUAAAGUUAUUUCUUUGGCCCAAUUACCGAUUAGAAGAUUUAGCUUGUAUCAAUCGUUAUUGGUUUAAUAUGAAUAAUGGUAGCCGUUUCAGUAUGUUAAGAAUACAUAUGUACCCACGAUUGAGAAUAUAUUGA